AUGGCAACAGUGCCGCGAAUCGAGCGGCUGCAUCCGGACGUCGUGAACCGCAUUGCGGCAGGAGAAGUGGUCCAUCGACCCUCUAACGCACUGAAGGAGCUGCUGGAAAAUGCACUGGAUGCAGGAGCGACCCAUGUGGCUGUAACUGUGAGUCAUGGCGGUCUGAAACUGCUUCAGAUUCAAGACAAUGGACGAGGCAUCCAGCGCCAGGACUUGGCGAUUGUAUGCGAGCGCUUUACGACCAGUAAGCUCCAGAAUUUUGAAGACCUGAGAGAGAUCAGGAGUUUUGGAUUCAGAGGUGAAGCGCUCGCUAGUAUUUCGCACGUAGCUCAUGUCACGAUCACGUCUCGGACGGCCGACCAGCCGUGCGCCUACAAAGCUUCGUACCGGGAUGGAAAGUUGGUAGCAAAGCAGCCUGGAGAGUCAAAGGAUCCCAAGCCUUGUGCAGGAAGGACUGGCACGCAGAUUGUGGUCGAAGACUUGUUUUAUAAUUUGACUACGAGGAAACAAGCGCUCAAAAACGCGUCGGAGCAGUAUUCUCGGAUCUUGGAUGUGGUGCAGAAGUAUGCGAUUCACUUCGGAGCAAAAGGGGUGGGAUUCGUGUGCAAAAAGCACCGAGAAUCGUCGUGCGGUGUAAAUACGACGCAAUCAUCUUCCCAACUAGACGUGAUUCGCUCAAUCUACGGUAGUAAAAUCGCGUGUGAGCUCACAUCGUUCGAGCACGCCAGAAGUGCAACUGCUGGAGGCUCGAUGGAAUUACAACGCGAAGUCCGUGGAUACAUCAGUAAUGUCAACUACCACCUCAGGAAGAGCAGCUUCAUUCUCUUUAUCAACGAUCGUUUGGUUGAGUGCCCGGCAUUGAAACGGGCUUGCGAGUACGUCUACUCGCUGUAUUUACCGAAGAACACGCACCCGUUUAUUUAUUUAAGCAUGGAACUUCCACCCCGCAACGUCGAUGUGAACGUUCAUCCAACAAAGCGCGAGGUGCAUUUCCUACACGAGGAAGACAUCGUUGACUCAAUCAGCCAGGCAAUCGAAAAGCGGCUGAAAGGAAGCAAUGAAAGUCGGAGCUUUUCCGUUCAGCCGAUUACGGCCAUGUUGGGAAUCUCUUCAGCAAACAGCAGCGGUUCUUCGACCAAGCAAUACAGACGAGAAAGUGUCAUGGAUGAAGAAGAGAAGGCUGAUGAUGCAAAUUCGCGUGCGAAAGCAAGCAAAAAGAACGAGGAUGAUUGCGAAAAUGAAGCCGACUGCUCUGUCGACUCGAUCGAGCUUGAUCUCAGUCAAAAGCUGACCCCACCUUCUAAAAAGUACCAGCCGGCGCUCGCACCGCAGCGUUUAGUGCGAACUGAUCAUCGCUCGAACACGAUCGACAAGUACUGUUUUCUCGAAUCGCAGAGGUCUCAGUCGUCGCAAGCCUUCCAGUCUGGCUCGCAGUGUGACGCCCGCGAUUCGGGAAAUGGCAGGGGCGAUGAUGACCAAGAAGAAAGCAACUCCGCUGCAGCAUGGCCAUUCAAUGUCAGGAAGAGGAAGCUGUCCGAGACCCCAUCCAGUCAAGAACCUGAGCACGAAGAUGCGCAUGAUCGCCGCGAGAGCUUGGAGGCCACCCAGACCCCACAAAUGCUCUCAAGCAUUCAAAAUUUGUUGAGCUUGGUGCGCCAAAAGAAGAACAAGGCGCUCGAAAGGCUCUUUCGCGAACAUAGUUUCGUGGGUGUCGUCGACAAGCAGUAUUCGCUCGUGCAGUUCCGCACGAAGCUGUACAUCACGCGACAUGACGAAAUCGCCUUCCACGUGUUCUACCAGCAGGCUUUGCUUCAAUUUGGAGCAACGAGACCAAUCACUUUGCAGACACCAUUUCCAACCUACGACUUGGUGCUCGAGGCACUGAAGAACCCCCGAAACGGGUACGAUGAAGAAGAUGGUCCAAGAGAACAGCUGGCAGACGAGAUCAAGACGUUGCUGAUCGCCAAUGGGCCCAUGCUGUUUGAGUAUUUCUCCCUCAAUAUCGACUCACAGGGCCUAUUGAAAACGCUACCACGACUACUUCCCGAUCACGAACCGUCACUCCAUUCCCUUCCCGAGUUUGUGCUUCACUUGGCUACAGAAGUCAACUGGGAAGAAGAAGAGCUGUGUUUCGAAAGCGUCGCGCAAGUUCUGGCGCGCUGGUACGGCGAGAUGCGGUACCCUGGUAACUCGGAGCGAGAGGCUCUCGUGCUGGAGCACGUGCUUUUUCCAGCGACCAAGACGGCUGCAUUCUGUCCGCCCAAAGCGCUCAACAACGCGCACUCGAUCACUCCCGUGGCCUGCCUCACAAACCUCUACAAGAUUUUCGAGCGCUGUUAG